AUGGCGCAAGCAGUAGAGCAGAGCCCCUACUUCUCUGACCGAAGAGCAAAUGGCAGCCUGAUCGUCUCGGACGCCCCAAAGUUCGACCUGGAGAGCUACGCCGCCAACUAUGACCUGAACCGCUUGAGCAACAUUGCCCACCUCUGUCCGCCGCUAGCCCUCGACGCCCUCCACUUGGCCAUCCCCGCCUCCAAGAACGCAAAGGACACACAGCAGUACCUGGAUCUUACAAAACUGCUUCAUCAAAUCAAUCCUGAGGAUGCCCUGGCCGAGAUCGACACUCCAUGGGUCGAGAAGACCAACAAGUUGAAUGAGCACGAGACGGAACGUCUGGAACAUGAGCUGCGCGGCUACAAGAACAACCUCAUCAAGGAGAGCAUUAGAAUGGGCCAGGAAGAUCUGGGCACCCACUUCCUCAACAUGAACAGGCUGGAUCAGGCAACAAAGGCUUACCACAAGAUGCGCGAGUUCUGCACCACUCCCAAGCACAUUGCCGAGAUGACGCUCAAGCUGGCGUACAUUAACAUUGUCUCUCCCAACUGGAUAUCAGCCGUCUCGACAGCUCAGAAGGCUCGCUCGCUGACGCUUCGUCCCGAGGACAAACCCCGCUUCGAUUCUGUUUCUCAAGCAUGCACAGGAUUAGGCUACCUCGGUUCCGGUAACUACGGACCUGCAGCAUUCGCCUUCCUUGCUGUCGACCCAUCAUAUGCCACUGUUGGCCCCGUCGCGAAUAUCGACUUCUCCCGCGCCGUCAUGACCGCAAACGACAUAGCCGUGUAUGGAGGUCUCUGUGCCCUGGCAUCCAUGGAUCGCCAACAACUCCAAGAUUCCGUUCUCGAAAACGCAAACUUCCGCAACUUCCUCGAACUUGAACCGCACAUCCGUCGCGCAAUUUCCUUCUUCUGCGGCGCAAAGUACAGUCAAUGUCUCGCUAUCCUCGAAGCUUAUCGUACAGACUACCUGCUGGACAUCUUCCUCGGCCCUCACGUCAACAUGCUUUACCACCUCAUCCGCAGCAAGAGCAUCGUCCAAUACUUCGUCCCCUUUUCUCAAGUCACAUUGUCCGCUCUAACAGAAGCGUUCCCCAGACAAAACGGUACACCCCAAAUGAUGGAGGCAGAGUUGGUCGACAUGAUUCAACGCGGUAUCCUCAAUGCCAGAAUCGACACUGUGGAUCAACUGCUCAUUGCACCUCCCAAGGACUCUCGCGCAGAUGCCCAUCGCGGUGUCAUGGAGACGGCAGAUGAAAUUGAACAUCUCCUGCGUCUCAAGUUGCACAAGAUCAACAUGGCACAGGCUGGUCUGGAGGUCGUGGCCCCAAAGGCAUCAAAGGGAUCCAAGAAUCCUGUUUCUUCUUCUUGGGGCCCUGGUCAAACGCUUGGUUGA